UCUGCCUGCCAGUAGUUACGUACGCUACUCCAGCGCCGGUCGGACGUUCUGUCGAUCUAUUUUGAUCUUUCUGAAUGUCGUGCAUCGUCCAUCGGUCGCAAUUUCGGCGUUGCGUUGCUCCUCCGUGGAUUCCGUUACAUUCAUUUCCUUUCCCUCCACUCAGUUGCACUCAGUUCAACUCAGUUCUCUCCUUUGUCAAUAUCACAACGUUACAUCACAACUGCUCCGUGAAUGAAAAGGUUAUUGUCGAAGAUUGCGACAAUAACAAGUGAAGCGUUUGAAUAGCACGAUGGAUAGACAAUGAUGGUGUGGGCUUACUAUUAUUUGGUCGCAGACUUAAAUGCGCGCACUCUGAUCUCUAGAGAUAGGUUAGGUUCACGGAUAAUCAAGGGUGGUUCAUGAUCGCACGCUUUUAAUCCCGCGCAACAGAAUCAUGUCGUUUCACUGGGACAGGCCGAAAGUGAAGACCGACAGGGUUAACAUGGACAUCACAUCAGAUUUCACUCGCCUCAAGGUGUCUGUGUUGGAGAAGGCGUCACGCAUAUCGGCGACUACAAAGAUGGAUCGCAUCACAAUUGGGACCCAGUCGGACCUGUAUGAGAAAGAUUCUAACAAAGCGGAUAACAUUGAGAACGAGCAAAACUCCUGUAAUAUUAAAAGUCUACAGAGAACUAUUACUAGUCCCAAGCAUAAUAUGGUAGCUACACAAAAAGGCAUUAGCUUUUCAUUGAGGAAGAUUAUACUGGAAGGCGAGCUGCAACGAAAAGAAGAAGUCAGGAAAGAAAUGGAGCGUCGUGUUCAGCAUAUGAAGGAGAAUGGUCGUGCCAUUCAGGAGCAAAUGGCAAAUUCACGCUUGUUGAUGGCACGUGAACGCGAACGUCAGAGCAAGGAGAGGCUGGCAUUCUGUGUGGCUGAACAAGAUCGAAUAGCGGAGCAAGAGGAGAUCAAGAGACGACACAAGCAGCAAUUGCAAGAGCAGCGUGUUCAGGAGCAGAAAGAAAAGGAUAAACGAGAAAUAGAGGAAUAUUGUAGGCGUGUGAAAGAGGAGGAAUUACUCCAGACUAUGCUAGUUCAUCGGGACCAGUUCACGGCAAAGUACUGCGAUCUCAUGGCAGUAUUCAAGACAUGCAAAGACCAGCAAUCGUUCAGUGUGAUCUCUGCGACGCAUAUUGCGAGAGUAAAGGAUCUCAUUCAAGGAAUCGCAGCUUUAGACGAGAAAAUCAGAAAAGGAGAAAUAUUAGCUGCGGAUGUAAAUAUUAUUAAGACUUUGGUUUGUGAUCUAAAUGAUCUACUGAAUGUUUUUCAUCUAGAAAUAGAAAAAAUAAACGCUCAAUAUGAAGCAGAAUUGGCCUGCAAAACGCAAGUUGCAAGCGAGGUACAGAAGGUCGAGGAGACAGACAAUGUUUCAAUUAGUUAUGCAAUGCCUUCUCAACAAUUAAACGAGAGCAAUGCUGUAGAAAAUAAGGACGAUCAAAGUUCUGGCGUGAUAACAAAUCAAGAAAUUGCAGUCGCAUCGGUUAAUGAAUCGAUCACACCAUCCAUAUCUGAAUCCAGGUCGGAAGAAGCAGCUAAAGAUUCUGCAUGCAAAAAAGGAAAUCUUUCUGAACACGUCGACCAGGAAUCAUUGCAGAUUUACAUCAGAAGUCAACAAAUCUUGCGACUUUACAAAGAAACUUGUAAGGACUUCUUACAAUCAGUAGCUACAAAGAAAUUUCGCUUAGAGUGUCAAAAGGCAAUCAAUAUCCCUGUAAACGCUAUUUCCGGGGUAAGCGAGCAACAUCUGAGAGACAAAUAUGACAGGCUGCAGAAUCUUUUGAUUGGAAAAUUGUCUCCCAACGUGACGCAAUAUCCGCAAGGAGCAAUCUUCUGCAAGAAUCAUUUGGCAAAAACAAUAGUCAGUCAAGGCGAGACGUUGGUGUCUAGCAAGCCAGAAAGUGCAUUUCCUGUGGCGAUGAUUGUUGUUGCUCUUUGGAACGAGCAUCCAGAUUUUGGCGAACUUUUCCUGGCGCAUCUUCACGAAGCUUGCCCGUUCAUUGUACCACUUUUUCUGCAACAGCAAGAGGGUCAGUCUAACGAAGAUUAUUAUAAAUCUCUUGGCUGCAAGUAUUCCGAAGACGGCACUGUCGAGAAACAGGACAAGUUCCUAAAGAGAAUGUCGGGAUUGAUGAGAUUAUAUGCAUCAAUCACUGUUACGAGACAACGAAGAGGUAUCACCAAGAUUCAUCCCCAUGGUCUUCAGUACACUUGGAGAUGGCUGGCGGCUGUUUUGAAUACCGAACCACGGGCUGACAUUUGUGAUUUAUGUGCGACUUUGAUACUGGACAUGCUCGAGGUCGCUGGUAACGUGCUGUGGACCUCCUAUCCGAAACAAUUCCAUAAAUUGUUGGCGCUACUGAUGGAACAAUAUUUUCCGCGUAUGCGUAAUGUUGCGGUUCAAGGCAGUGGACCUCUGUCACGUCUGGAAUUGUUUUUGAGCAAUGCCUUGAGGAAUGGUAUUAUACGUCCCGCCGACGGAAUGCUUCCACCUAACUUUUUGUGAUUUACCUUGGGCUCACAACGUAAUGACUUAAAUAACUACUCAGAAAGUGACAAGAGGAAAUCCAAUGCCCAUUGACAUACAAAUCUCGUCGAAUUAUUUACAAUAUGUUUCAGACAAUUUGUACAAUUUAUGGAGAAAUUUUGAUAAUAUUUAUGUACUAUAUUAAACGAAUUGAUUUGGUAUAAGUUGGAUCGUGUGUCGUCACAGAAAAGAAACGAAAUCGUGUGAAUGGGAGAAAGAAUGGGAGGGAUUUUUUUAACGAUUCAUAAAUAUGUAUAAAUUGAGGAAAAUUUGCACGUUGUAUUUAUUUAGAUUUAAUAAAGAAUCAUAUUACAUGAAACAAAAAA